AUGUCUUCAUCCACCAGUGAGAAGCAACAGAUGCCAGCGCCCACACCACACCAGACGAUGCGAGGCCAUACCUACCGGGUAACAGGUGUUGUCCAUCUGCGCAGCGAACGACGGAUAAUCACAUGUUCUGAUGACGGCUCACUCCGACUAUGGGACCUAGAGAGCGGUGCGCAGAUAGGGGAGGACUGGCGAGAUGAGGAUGUCCAAGAAAUGUUGUCCAUGGCAUUGUCUCCAAACGGCAAGACAGUUGCAAGUGGAAGCAGGGACAGGACAGUGAGGUUGUGGAACGUUGAGACGAGAAAGGUCAUCGCCAAAUGGACGGGGCACACCAGAGUUGUGUGUACAUUGUGCUGGAGUUCAGAUGGCAAGCGAGUAGCGAGUGGAUCCUGGGAUGGGACAGCAAGAAUCUGGGAUGUCAAGAGCGAUAAAACUGUCCUGACAAUCAAAACCGGGCACAGGUGGGUGUACGCGGUGAUGUACUCGCCCGACAACAAAAAAAUCGCGACAGGCGGAGACGAGGAGAAUGGAGUAAAAAUCUGGGAUAGCAAGACGGGCAAGCUCAUCACCACACUCCAACACAAUUACAUAGUGUACAGCUUGGCAUGGACGUCGGACGGAAAGAAGCUUAUCUCCAGUUCAUAUGACCUGAUUAGGAUAUUCGACACAGCCACUUGGGAGCAGGUUGCCAUUCUUGACGGUCACUUAAACAUUGACGUCAUCUCCUUGUCUCAGAACAACCGCAUCCUUGCGAGUGCAUCUAGGAAUAAAACAGCGCGUCUAUGGAAUCUAGACACGAAUCUCCCGAUCGGAGAACCCCUACAGCAUGAAGAUUAUGUAGAGUCCGCCGCCCUUUCUGCUGAUGGAAAAACGCUAGUCACUGGUUGCAGAAACGGAAAUGUGUACACAUGGGACAUCCACGCCGUCAAAAAAGCUGGCCUUCAAGACCUACUGUCCACUGGUACCGAUAUUGCGCCAAAAAACAGACUUGAACAGCAAGCAUCUCAAAGCAAUUCAGGAAUAGAGCGAACCCCCCGCUCUUCGCUCAGCGGCAAGUCAUUUUUGGAAGCUGAUGCUACGCGAUGUCACAACGAGUUCGGGGGUCAUGACGAUGAACUCCCACCUAGGUUUUUUGACAACAUGGAAGCCGAAGUUCAUUCCUCUGAAACAGGUGCCCACCCUCAUUCCUCUGCAAGUACACUCCUCGCUCGCCUUUCCUCGCUCCUCCACCGCUUUCGAGAUGCUGAAACGACCGAACACCCACAACCCUCAACGCCUUCGGGUUUACACCUACAGAUGCUCUUCGCUCGCCUGUCCUCACUCGUUCACCGUUCGCGACUUGAAAAUGAUGCAGCAAGCGAACUUCAGCAACCCUCUACACCUUCGCGGUCAGAUACACAUGCACUCUUCGCUCGACUGUCCUCAUUCCUUCCUCGCUCUCGACUCCACACCGAAGAAGAAACCGAACCUCAUCCCACAACACAUUCGGGUUCACGUCCAGAUGGACUCAUCAGUCAUCUGUCCUCACUCUUCCGCUCUCAAGCUCACACCAACGAAGACAUCGAACUCCCGCAACGCCCAUGGCGUCCUCGUGUCGUCGAUGUGGCUCCAAUGCGGGACAGGGAGGUAUUGUUCGUUGCUCAGCGGUCCCCACCAGAUCGUCCAAACACUCAGUCUAAUAGUAAUUCCAUACCAGGUGCAAGACCUACGUAUUCACUUCCCGUCCGAAUGUUAGCCCAUCUCGUGCUUUUUCUCUGCUGUGCGUCUCCUCAACACGACGGAAAUGCACAACCAACACAACAUCAGCAGCAAGGUCAAUUGCAUACCCAGGCGCCGUCACUGCAGACUCAGCCAGCUGCCGCCUCGACGUCGACGACACCUACCGCUCCUGAUACUCAUACUACCGCGCCAGGUGCAACAAUCGCGCAGCCACAGCCCUUUCCAUUGCGGACUCGUUUCGUUCUUUUUCUGUGUUGUGCAACUCCCCCGCAUGUAGAUGGGAAUUGA